AUGAGCGAGAUCUCUUCUUCCGUCCUUCUAUCAUCACAUCACCUCCAAAGUGUGUCGCCUCCUCGCUUAAGUUCUUCCUCGUUGUCUCUUUCUCGCCUUCAGAUCUGGAUCCACAAUCGAUCCAUAUUUCGUAGUCGUUAUCAUCAAUCGACAUGGAAUCCAAAAUCCUCCAAUGAUCUAGGCUUAAUUGUCGUUGAUCAUCAACAAUUCAUGCUUAAUUAUUGUAUGAAUCGAUUGUGGUUUGCUUAUAAAUCUAUUUUACCGUUGAGUUCUCUCCAUCCUUAUAUCUAUUUUGCUGCACAUCAACCUAUUAGAGUUGAAACUAGUGAUCUUUGCAAGUAUUGGGAUUUGAGACAACAGAAUCCAGUCCACACACAACAACUACCUGAUUGUUGCUAUGGACUUACAGUGAGACAUCCUUUGAUGGUUGUUGCAACAGCAGAUAAAAAUCUUAUAGCAUUCAACUUACAAAACCCUCAGGUUGAUAUGAUUGUUGUUACAGAUGGAACCAGAAUAAUGGGUCUUGGUGAUCUAGGAGUUCAGGGUAUUGGAAUUGCAAUUAGGAAGUUGGAUUUAUAUGUUGCUGCAGCUGGAAUAAAUCCUCAGAGAAUUUGGAAGAAACUGUGGUGA